UUAAGCUGAGGUUUCCCGUAUUUGAACCCCAGAGAAGCACGAAGAAGAAAAACGAGGAAGCCCGCACACAAGCUGAUCUUCUGCAAACUGAGAAAAUGGACACGCGGUUCACCCGAGGCAAAUCCAGCAUCUUAGAGCGGCCCCUGACCCGACCCAAGACUGAGGUCAGCGUGAGCGCCUUCGCCCUCCUGUUCUCAGAGAUGGUGCAGUACUGUCAGAGCCGUGUGUACUCCGUGUCAGAGCUGCAGACGCGUCUGGCGGACAUGGGCCAGAGUGUCGGAGCCAGCAUGCUGGACGUGCUGGUGCUGAGGGAGAAGAAUGGGAAGAGGGAGACUAAAGUUCUGAACAUGCUGCUCUUCAUCAAGGUUAACGUGUGGAAGUCUUUAUUCGGGAAAGAGGCUGAUAAGCUGGAGCAGGCCAACGAUGAUGACAAGACUUAUUACAUCAUAGAAAAGGAGCCACUCAUCAACGCAUACAUUUCCGUGCCCAAAGAGAACAGCAGCUUGAACUGCGCUGCGUUUACUGCUGGCAUCGUGGAAGCCAUCCUCACUCACAGCGGUUUCCCAGCCAAGGUCACCGCCCACUGGCACAAAGGCACCACGCUCAUGAUCAAGUUUAACGACUCGGUCAUCGCCAGGGACAAGGCUUUGGAUGGCAGAUAAAAAAACGACUGGAGAGACUGGCUGGUUUUUGUUUAUCAUGACAGGAUGAGGAUAAAUCAUCCAGGUCCUUGUUAUUUGAAUAUCUUUGUGGUAACUGAUGAUGACUGGAUCUCUGCAACGUACUGAGCCACAUCUAGAGCAGCAAAAGAAGCGGCUGAUUGGUUCAAACGUCCAGUGUUUUGUGGAUCUUCUCACUCUAUACCUCAUCAAGUUACAUUCAUUUGUUCACUCUUCAUGUGUAGCUUCAUGUGAGCUAAAGAAAAUACAAAAGUUUGUAAUUUCAGGUUUCUCAUGAAUUGUAUUGUUGCUUCAUGGUGGAUCUGUGUUUCUAUCGUCCUCCAUCAUCCUGACCUCGUCACCAGCCCCCACCACAGAUAGACUUCUGUGAAAAGCAGCAUUAUUUUGAUUAUGAAUAUGAUCAUAUUCACUUUCUCAAAUAAACACAGAUUAUUAGUCGUUGCAAUUGACUCAAAGUUUGAUGGAGAUGAAUCUGAAUAACAAACAACCUUAAUAUAUUUUCCCUGAUGUCGAGAGUCGAAGAUUUGUUUUCUCUUUCUCACCCCAGUUCAGCUUUCAAGUUUCAUCUCUGUAAAAUAGAUCCACAGUCGGGGUUGUGAUGAUAUCUGAAGACACCGAGGUCCUCACUGUUUAUUAUUAUAUUUGUAUUAAUGAUAUUUUGAUUCAUUUGUUUCAUUGUAAGUGUGCGUGCAUGCAAACAUUGAGGGUUUAACAUGGGGGAGUUUCCAUUCCACAAAUAAAAAAAUUAACAUAU